AUGAGCUUUUCUCCAAUGCCAAAGACCCCCCCAAAGCCUCUUCAGUCUCGCCUUGGACCCGACUGCGGCCUCUCCCCCGACAGCCGUGCUGGAGUAGGGCUAAGGCGAGGAUGCGGCAGCGCAGGCAGCAGCACGGUCAGCAGCAGCACGAGCGGCCCUGGGGCCCGCGGCGGCGCUACGGGCCGCAGUAGCUCAGGGACUCCGUCUGCGCGCUCGACUGUAACUCGGCGUGUCAGUACACCAGUAUCUCGUCCUCUGUUGAGCCUUGGGGGGCUAUUAGGCAGCAAUUCAUUUCAUACGGAGUACCGCGAGCAGAUGAGCCCGUCCUGGUGGCUGGGGGCCGCUGCCUGCAGCUCUUCUUGGCUGCAGCUGUCGCCUCCUCCGGAAGUCAUGGAGCUUGUCGAGAAAAAGAAACUGACGGAACAGUUCAAAACUGUCGAAGGCCUCAUUGACAGAGCCGAUUAUUUGGGAGCUCUUAGGCUGCAGGCAGAUCGCCGGAAUGUUUUGCACCUUCUGGCUCUGGACGAACAGGAAAUGCAGGCGUAUCUCUGGCAGCCUCGCUUUCCGCGCAUAAUCGAUUUGAGAAAUCGGACCGGCGAAGUUCAGGCGCGCCCGCCUCCCCGCCACGCGAAUUGCAUCGUGAACCCUGUGAAUUUAUGGUUGCGUUUUUUGACGCUUUCACCUCCGCUGUAUGCAGCGCAUGCACCGUUGGCGGCGGUGUCGCCCAAGACGCCGCAGACGGGUGAGCAUUCGGGGGGGGAUUCGGGAUGCGCACAGCCCCAAGACACAGGGGAGGUUCAGGAGUAUUGUUUGGGUAGCUCUGGGGAGCAGUUUCUGCCCAUUCUGUUCGAGGAUUCGGGGGGGGCGGCGGAAUGCGUGCCACCUGAGGAGCUGCUUACGUUUGAAGAAGACGCCCUGAGAGAAGUAGCCUCCCACAUCGAGGCCAAACUCGCCCACGCACUCAGCUGCAUGGUUCUGGCUGCGGCGGCACGCACGAAAGCUGCAGCAACACACAUGCAGUCUCUGCAGGCAGGGAGCGGCUCCAGCAGCGCCCCUGCUGCAUCGCCAACAGCACCCGCAACCACGCCACUUGACACUCCUUUAGAGGAGGGGCUUCAAGGCCCAGAUGGAGGAGCUUCUACCGCGCCUUCAGCUAGCAGGCGCGGUGGCCCUAAGCGGCGCCGGCCGAGUGUAACAAUGGCCAGAGGGCGUUCCCGUUCUUCUUCCCCCUUGCUUACAGGGCAUAGCAGCAGCCCGGCGCACAAACCCCGCAACGCAGGCAGCGCAGCAGCUCCUAUGGACCCGGGGACCGCCAGUAGCUCUGUGGCUGUGAGGGGCCCUAUUACAGACGACCCUUCGGAGGCCGCACCGGCUGACGAAGCCCCAGCAGCCACUGAGCAGGCGCCUGACAGCGAUGGCAUCGUAAUUGAGCUGGAGGAUAUCUUCACUACAUACGGGCCGUCCCCAUGUUUGCUGCGCCACAUAAACUGCUUUCAAAAGACUCCUGACUUGCUGCGGCAGCAAAUACGCUAA